CUCGGCCCGCUGCCAUCACCAUCCAUCACCCCAAGCAAGAAGCUCGCUCCGCUCGAGUGCUCAACCAUGGCCGCGGGCACCGCGUCCGUGCCGUCCAGGGUCCUCCUGCUCUCCCUCGCCUUCCUGGCUGCAGCCGGCACGGCCGCGGCGCUGUCGACCAAGUACUACGACAAGCGGUGCCCGGCGCUGCAGCCCACCGUGCGGUUCGCGGUGGCGCGCGCCGUGGCGGCCGACCCGAACGCGGGCGCCGCCGUGCUCCGCCUCUUCUUCCACGACUGCUUCGUCAACGGCUGCGACGCCUCCGUGCUCCUCGACGACGGCGCCGCGCCCGGGGAGAAGGGCGCCGGGCCCAACGCCAACUCCCUGCGCGGUUACGAGGUGAUCGACGCGGCCAAGGCCGCGGUCGAGGCCGCCUGCCCGGGCGCCGUCUCCUGCGCGGACGUCCUCGCGCUAGCCGCCCGCGACGCCGUGUCGCUCCUCGGCGGGCCCUCGUGGAACGUGCGCCUCGGCCGCCGGGACGCGCGCGCCGCCAGCCGCGACGCCGCGAACGCGAACCUCCCGGGGCCCGGGUCCGGCCUGCCGGCCCUCGUCGCCGCGUUCCGGGCCAAGGGCCUGUCGGCGCGGGACAUGACGGCGCUGUCGGGCGCGCACACUGUCGGCCGGGCCCGGUGCGCCACGUUCCGCGCCCGCGCGAGCGCCGGCGCCGCGGGAGGCGGCGAGGCGAUCAACGGGACCUUCGCCGCGGAGCUGCGCGAGGCGUGCGGCGGCGCGGACGGCGCGCUGGUGCCGCUCGACGGGGUGACCCCCGACGCGUUCGACAACGGCUACUUCCGCGGCCUGGUGGAGCGGCGCGGCCUGCUGCACUCGGACCAGGAGCUCUUCAGCGGCGGGUCCCAGGACACGCUGGUGCGCAGGUACGCCCGCGACGGGGCCGCGUUCGCCGCCGACUUCGCCAAGGCGAUGGUGCGGAUGGGCAACCUCGCGCCGGCGCCCGGGACGCCGCUCGAGGUCAGGGUCAGCUGCCGGAGGCCCAACUAGGCUAAGCGAGUCAGCGACAUGGCGACAAUGCAGCGUUAGCUGGUAGAUAAACAGAGAUACACAGUACAAGAUGAUUAGAUGAAGAUGAUUGUGCAGGGACAUGGUAGGAUUUGUAUGUAGCUCGAUUCGUUCGUUCGUCUGUU